CCGACAAGUGCAGCAGCUCGGCGCGCAACUUAGGACAUCUCGCUCCCGUGUCUAGAAACGUCUCUGUCUGUUUUUAAACCAAGAACCUGCGUUUCACCGCGUGUCUCUUGUAGUGCACCUCUCUUUGAUCAAAUCUCGGGCGUUAUCGCUCCGGUCCUCCUCUUGUGAGCCGGGGAGGAGGGGAUCUGGGGAAAGACAGCACGCUGUGCCGCUUUCUAGCGAGGGAAGCCCCCCACGCGUUGCGCGCCCGGAUCGCCUGGUGCAUAUAUACGCGUCGCGGAGCGCGUGUGCAUGCGCGUCAGGCUCUAAAUGUGUGUGGCCGCGCACGAAAAGGCAGCUCCGGGCUCCGUCCUCAACAGUUGCUACCGGAGCGGCGGAGAGGAGAGGAGGAGAGCGAGAGAGACAGCAGACUGAGGACGGACAGACGGACGGUCGCGGAGCCCCACGCCGCUCUGCCCGGCUCUGCUCCUGACAUGCAGUCGCUCAUCUCUCCAGUGACCAAGGCCAUCCUAGUCGCGCUCUUCAUCUUCGCCAUACUCCUCAUUCUCUAUGUGAUCCUUUGGUACAUUUGCAGGGACGUGGACUGCGACCACGGCAUUUGAGGAUUCCGUUAAAACGGGAGUAACGGGAAUAUCACAAUGGGGCGCACGGAGGAGCCCAGGGUCAUCCUCUAUCAGGCUGUACCUGCUUGGUUUGAGGGUGCUGUUGGUUCAACUCUUUAGCAGACCUUUGAAGCUGCCAGUGAUGCCCAGACAAGAUGGCAUGGUUGCCAUAGUGACAGGAGGAGGCAGGGGAAUCGGCUAUGAGGUAGUCCGCCACAUGGCCAGACUGGGGGCGCAUGUUAUCAUAGGUGGGAGGGAUGAGCAGGAGGGUCUCGCAGCCGUCAGGAGGAUCCGUGAACAGUACAAAGAGGCCAAAGUAGAGUUCAAGACGCUGGACCUAGCGUCUGUGCGGUCCGUGCGACAGUUUGCUCAGAGCUUCAAGCAGCGGGACCUGCCACUAAAUAUCUUGGUUAAUAAUGCCGGUGUAAUGCUCGUCCCUGAGGGGCGUACUGAGGACGGAUAUGAGCAUCACUUCGGUGUGAACUACCUGGGCCACUUCCUGUUGACCUGGCUACUCUUGGACACGCUGAAGGAUUCUGGGAAAUCUGGUCACAUUUCCCGAGUGGUCAAUGUGUCGUCCUCAGCCCACGGUGUCGGGGAGAUCAACAUUAAUGACUUAAAUAGUUGCCAGAGUUACUCGGCUCAUGCUGCGUACUGUCAGAGUAAACUGGCCCAGCUGCUGUUCAGCUCCCACCUCCACCAGGAGAUGCAGCGUGGAGGUUUCCCCGUGAGUUCGUGCGCCGCGGAUCCUGGCAUGGUGGACACCGCUCUCUACCGUCACCUCUGGACGCCUCUCCGUCUGGCACAGUGUGUGAUCGCUCGCCUGCUUUUCAGGACUCCUGCAGAGGGCGCUGCCACUGUGCUGUUAGCCGCUUUGUCACCAGCCUCGGAGGGGAACUGCGGAGGAGGCUACUGGGCCGAUGGACACAGGGAGAUGACAACACCGCCGACCUUUGACCCCCAGUUGCAACUGAGCCUGUGGGAAGUCAGCCUCCAGUUCCUGGGCUUACAGUAGCACGGGCCGGAAGGAUGACCAACAGGACUAAACUCAUCUCAAAAAACACCACAUAAAGACCCUGAAGUUCGGACCCACCAGCCACCAUCUCCUUUUUUCCUCAGUGUUUUUUCUUUGCCCAAACCUCACGUCAAGGUAACAAUUUGUGUUGAUAGUGUCACAAUCCCCCGCUGGACUGUGAUCGUUGGUUUUUGGGGGUGAAGACCUCCUUUGUGUUCCAGACCUGCCAAUGAAGGGCUACAGGGGAUGGAAGACGUCUUUUUUUUGUUUUUCACUGUGAGCAAGCAAACACAUAUGCACACCUGUGGCCACACUCUAAGGUUGCACCAAUGUUUUGCUGUUAAAGACACUAAACGGUUGAGCUAUAAGUCAGAUAUCGGUUAGUGGCAUCCAUCUUUGUUAUCAAGUUGGUCAUAACAAGUUUAAGAUGUCCAGUUAGUGAAUUUAGGCCACAGUGGUGUGUUCAGAAAAUGCAGUCACUCAUGCAUCACUCUGCCUUAAUGACAUUGACCUGGAUUUCAAAAAAAGGUAUGUUCCUGUCCACGAGGAAUUGAAUGCACAAACACUAAAUGCGUUUUGGGAACAGCUUAAAUUCAAAACCUGAAUACCAAGGCUGAAAAUAGCAUACACACACAUACACAUUGACACACUCUGAUGGCGAUGUGAUCUAACCUGCCUGUCUGUGGCGGGAGAAUGUGAUGUCAUCGGUUUUGCUUUCUCAGAUUGUCUCGCCAUCCCACCUGUUUUACUGAGAGCAAUCGAUCUAUCGAUCUAAGUUUUAGCCAUUUUUGCUUCCAGAAGAUUCCAAAAGAACAUCAACAAUUCAUUUUUCCUCUCUCUCUCUCUACCAAUCUGUACCCCAACAAAUGACAUUGGUUGGACUGACAGGAACAUUUGGGAAUGAAGUGAAAAAGGAGGAGAUCCACACACAUUCAGUUUAGCUAUUGGGAAUUCUCUGAACCAACGGUUUCCGGAUGCUCCUGGUUGCUUCGGUCUGCUCAGAUAAAAAAAAAAAAAGGAAAGGAUGGAGGAACAACGUUUUCUUCAUUCUUUCAAUAUUUUCCUUUUUUAUCUGUGUUAAUCGCUUUAACUGUCUGUGUGUGUUAUACGCACGCUAGUUAAGAAUUAUGUGUAGACCCAAUUCAUGCCGAUAGAUAGCACAACAACGGCUUGUCCUGGAGGAACACAGUGAGAGAGAGAGAGGAAAGGCACUUUUUUUCAUAUCAUUCGAACUGUGAUUGGUUCCUCAUUGGUACUGCAUCUUCCUCAUUUGGCGCUGCUCCCAGUGCAUUGUGGGAUUGAGAUUUCCCAGCGGUGAGAAUCUAACUCCAUCUGUCGUGCUGACACACACACACACACACACACACACACACACACACACACACACACACACACACACACACACACACACUCGCUCGGAACCAGUACAUCCAGGCACAGGCUUAUCCAAACAAGCAAACAAACACGUCUGUCUCAUGCAAGAAUACGCUCACACAUGCAAAUACACACUCUGCCAUAAUGCCAUUUCCACUGUGAUUAACUCAUUUUAGCUGUGAGGAUGAAAAGUUUCAUCUCAUGUUAACACAUUUUGGCUAAAAUCCUUCACCACCAAGUCAUUGCUGUAUGCUUUGAAUGCUGCCACUGAGCAUCCAGCAUUUUGUUCUUAUCUGCUGUAUGUGAAGCAAUAGUAUCACUGUGGUAGCUAAUGCAGCCAGUGGCACAGAAUCAGAAUGGGAUCAGAGUCCAAGAUUAUGAACAAAGGAAGCAAGCUAUUUACCCAUAAAGAAGGAAUUCAACAGUUCUGUCGACAUGCAGAAAACAGUUUAAUGAGGAUAAUAUCAGAGUGCAUCGAUGCAACACAUACAUUAUAGUAAGGAAUAUAUGUUGUACAUUUUUCUCCUUCAGGCAAGUUCAAGUCAUAACAUUUUGUUUUUAAAUGAUGAUUUUUUAUUUUUUUUUGCAAGCAAUUUGUAAAUUUCAGCAGCGGAUUCCUGUCGAGGACGCAGCUUACAAACAUUCAUCCCUCAGAGGAUCUGAACGUUCUGUAAAGGAUAAUUGAAUCUUCCCCUCCCGACGAAUCGAGGCGAUGGUCUAAACUCACAGAGACAAAAAGGAUAAUGGUGCAUUGGGACCAUCAACUUGUAAAGUCAGCUGAAGGAGAUUGGAGGAACUUGAGUCUGGCUUUUCUUAAUUUAUAACCAUGUUGUCAUUCUGGUACACGUGAUAUGUUGACCAGUGAUGAAUCUCCUGAACUCAAGCACCUGACAAAUGUGGUUACGUGAAUUUAUGAGUCGGCCAAGAUUGCCUGAAUGUUCCAUUGAACGAUCAAGCAGCACAUAGAUAGAUUGGACAGAUUGGGUUAUCCGGGGUGGGUUACAUCCUGCAAAACCUAGCAACUAUUGAAGUCGCCUUUGAAAUAUGUUUCUAUGAUUAAGGAGAAUCCAUCUUUAAAUCAAUCCUGCAUUCACGUGGCCUGCAAGCCUUCUUUACUGUCUUGCACCAAGUUGUAGAGAAAGAAUUGGAUGUUGACGUGAAUUACAUAUUUCAUUAAGUCUGAUAUGACACGGGUGUAACACACCUCGACCUCAACCAUCAGGUUUAUGUCUCUUGAAUGAGAAUAGUUUAUUCUAGUCACGUGGUGGCUUAAAUUCAUUUCCAUUUUUAAUGUAACUACUUCUUUUUGCAAAGUGUCCCAAUCAAGAAUCUCUGCUCAUUUGAAAAACAAAUUAAAUUGAAUUAAAUGAGUCACUUAAAAUUCAUAUUUACAUCUGAAGUUCGAUGCUUGUUUUUAGAUUAGCAGCAGUGUGGCGACUGACUCAAAAUGCCAGCAAUAUUCUUCAGUUGUUGAGUGCUUUUUCUCCUCGGUGUUGUCAGAGUGCUUGGAAACUCUUUAUUGCCUCAGUGCUUCCUUGUUCGACAGUGUGGUUCCCAUAGGCUACUGUAAGGUCCUGAGUAAAUACCAAGCAACCAAACCCAGUCCCAGUGAGACAAAUGCGCUAGCUUCUUUUCACACGAACACAAACACCAGCUUACUGUACAGCAGCGCUCAUUUAAAGGCUAAGUGACGUACUGUACUCCCUGUCAAAGAGCUACCGUGUUUCUCUCCGUCCUUCUGCUGCAGUAUUUAGACCUGAGAGGGGGGAACGUCAGUGACCAUCUUUCCUAUCUGAGCACAAGGUUUUCCAAAGAUGAGGUGAGGGAGGUCCGCGAAGGUCUGCUUCGGUGUUCUUGUCAGCGAGCGGAAGUGGCUGCUAAAUUGUCAAUGAUUACCUGGCUACGUAUUUGCCGUUCCACACAGACAGGACAACGUGGUGAACUUUCUGAAUUGCGAAUAUAGAAAAAGAGCAGAAACCUGCUCAAGUAACUGUCUGUGAUAUUGUCUGUAUGUGAAUUUACUCGUAUAUGAUCAUUUCAAAGCACCGGAGGAGACCAGUGGAGAUGUGUGUAGACUGAAAAUGCUCCAAUAGCCAUUCCUCUGACUGACCUGGGAUUACAUUUAUAUUAAAUGUUCUAGUCCCAAGUUCUGCAAAUCCUAAAUAUGUAUAUGUAUAUGAAGAGAUAAUAUAAAGGUAUAUACAAGGGGUAGCCAGAUGAACUGAGUCCUUAUUCUGGUACAGUUCUAGGUUAAAGAAAACACCUUUUUCUAUCCUUUGACCUUUAAUGCAUACACCCCAUACUAUCUUUACCCUUGCUGAGAGUACGGCCUUUUACUUCAGUCCCUUGAGGCUGAAAAUAAAGGAUGCCCUCACCUCGAAUCCAGUGUAAACAUUCAGUCCAUCUGGGACCCUGAGGGUUUAAGAAAAGUGUAAAAUGUUUUUAUUUUUAUCAUUAUUUGUUGUUGUUGAGAUACACAUCUUAUUGCUUUUGCUGUGCCUAAGAAGAAAAUUUCCCUCAUAUAUGUGCAACUGUGAAUUAUUUCAUAUAGAAACGAACUUGUAGAAACUGUGAUACCGUCUUGUCCUGUGCAUUGCUGUAAGUUUUUAUUCUCUUUGGAGUGAUGAGAGUGGAGCUAAAGUGUGUUUGAGUGAACCUGUGUGUGUGUGUGUGUGUGUGUGCGCGUGCAGAUAAGGGAGUUGAUGUCUAUGUUUUGUUUCGUUUUUGUCGAUGGUUGUGACAUUCCAGCAGCAGCCACCACCUUUUUCUAUUAUCCAAAGCCUCUCAAUAAACAUAUCAUUGUGCCA